GGCGGGCGCGGGAGCCGAGGCUCUGCCGGUGCCCUCCGAUCCCAGCCGGUCCCGCCCCGUCCCAUCCCGCCGGGAGCAUGUUCCAGAGCCCCGCACGCUGCCUCUGCUCGGCGCUGCCCGCCCUCUGCUGCGCCCCCGCCGCCUCGGCCUCCCGCCUGUCGCUGCCGCCGCGUCCCCGCGCCCCGCCGCGUCCCCAGCCCGUCGGCGCCGCCGCCCCGCGGGCAGCAGCGGGCGGCCCGCCCGCCCCGGGGGCGCCGCCCCGCACAGUGUGUUCCAUGGGAAACAGCACCAGCCGGCUCUACAGCGUGCUUGCCAAGACGCUGAGCAGCGGUGCCGUGUCCCAGCACCAGGACUGCCUGGAGCAGCUAGACCCAGCACGGCUGGAUCCUAUAGACCCCAAGGAUUUGCUGGAGGAAUGUCAGAUGGUCCUACAGAAACGGCCGCCCCGGUUCCGGAGGAACUUUGUGAACCUGAAGAAGAACACUGCCAGCAACCACCGUCCCAUCCGGGUCAUGCAGUGGAACAUCCUUGCCCAAGCUCUCGGGGAAGGCAAAGACAACUUCAUCCAGUGCCCCAUGGAAGCUCUGAAAUGGGAGGAGAGGAAGUGCCUCAUCCUGGAGGAAAUCCUGGCGUAUAAGCCCGACAUCUUGUGCCUGCAGGAAGUCGACCACUACUUUGACACAUUCGAGCCACUCCUCAGCCGACUGGGCUACCAGUGCACCUUCUUCCCCAAGCCGUGGUCCCCGUGCCUGGAUGUGGAGCGGAACAACGGGCCGGACGGCUGCGCCUUGUUCUUCCUCAAGGACCGCUUCGAGCUCGUCAACAGCGCCAACAUCCGCCUGACGGCCAUGAAGCUGAAGACCAACCAGGUGGCCAUAGCGCAGACGCUGAAGUGCCACGAGACCGGGCGGCUGUUCUGCAUCGCCGUCACCCACCUCAAGGCCCGCACCGGCUGGGAGAGGUUUCGGUCCGCACAGGGCUGUGACCUCCUCCAGAACCUGAAGAACAUCACCCAAGGGGCAAAGAUCCCCCUGAUCGUCUGCGGGGACUUCAACGCGGAGCCGACCGAGGAGGUCUACAGGGAAUUCUCCAACUCCAGCCUCAAUCUGAACAGCGCGUACAAGCUGCUGAGCCCCGACGGGCAGUCGGAGCCCCCCUACACCACCUGGAAGAUCCGGCCCUCGGGAGAGUGCCGGCACACGCUGGAUUAUAUCUGGUAUUCCCAGCACGCCUUGAAUGUGAACUCAGCCCUGGGCUUGCUGACUGAAGAGCAAAUUGGGCCCAACAGGCUGCCCUCAUUCAAUUACCCCUCGGAUCACCUGUCCCUGGUGUGUGACUUUAGUUUUAAUCAAGACCCUGACAGGCUGCUGUAAUGUGUUGGAAUGCCACCUGGUAUUGCAGUGACUGAACUCGCCACUAUUUUAUUUUAGAGAAGACUUCUGAAGCUGGAAGCUAUUGGAAGAUGAGGAAACACUGUUGACUAAACAUUAUUUCGGGCACUUGUUUGGAAUUACACUUGUCCUUCAGGAAGCCCUCAUUAAUGUGGAGCCUUUGAGGGAGGAAGAAAGAAGCUAGUGUUCUUACCGUGGUCUUCUUGCCAUGUCAGGGUUUGAAAACCAGAAGGCAAAUGAGCUUUAUCCUUUCACUAAGCCCCCUGUUUAAGGAUUUAAUCCUCUAAUGAAUGUGGAGGCCUUAGAACUUAAAUCACUUGUGUUUGUAAAACAACUUGCCCUGACAGCAUGCUAAUUUUAUUUAUUUCAUGUUAAGCUUUUGCAAGUACCAAAGGGAAUGAGGUUCAACUGCCCAGUGAGAUUCUCUUAAAUCUUUUUCUGUUGCAAUACGAAGGAAGCUUAAUGCAGAUUAGACACGAACAAAUCUUAAGUUCAUACUGGUGUGGUCUUCUCAUUUUCAUGUGACCUGAAAUGAUGACUUCAUUGAAAGUGAAUGGAUGGUGGUGCAGUGUGAGGAAGGGCCCCUCCAGUAAGAGCAGGUGAGGAAAUAGAGGCUGACUAUGACCUGGAGUAAUACCCUCACUUUUCCAGGACAAUGUGCAUGUGUCUGCUACACACAUACAGCCUGUAGGUAUGUGCACUGUAACCUUCGUCUCUUCUGUGCUUGCCUCUGGAGGGCACAGCUAACCAGGGAGUAUUUCUUCCUCUGCUUCAAGUAUUACUUUUCUAAAUGGUUUAAAUCUGUAGUCUUGUCAAUCUUGUUUCAGUGAAGGGCCAGUCUUAAUGUUGAAAGAUUUUAUUUAUCUUCAGAAACCUAAAGCUACACUGGAACCUGUCACAAGAUAAUAUUUAUUUAUUGGGAAAAGUUGGUUUGAAAUCAUGCAGUGUUCAGGAGCUUCCUGCUCCUGGGCCCAGGGGAACUCUGGCCAAGCACCUGGGCUCCAGCAGAGCUGUGUUAGUACAGUAACUCAUGUGAUGCUCAUUGGUAUGACAUUGGAAUUGCAUAUAUGGACUGUAAACAUGCCACUAUGCCAGAAAAUGCCACAGGGGGAGAGGAGGGAACAGAGACAGCAGUUGGGGUUGGGCUGACAUUUAGAUAAUUGAGAAAGAUGAGUCAGGGCAAAUAAAGCAGUACUUCCAUGUAAAGUAGGGUACAUAGUAACUCCUAAAUGUUCCAUGUGUUUAUUAAUAAAAGUCUUUGGAAAAAAAA